CGUCCUUUUCUCUUCCCCCUCCCCAUUUCCUACCUUUUUAUAUAAUCCCAAUACAUGAACCUGCGGAGGAAAAAAAUUUCAUCUUUUUCUUCAAACCAUAUUCGUUCAAAGUUAUGAUCUUGAUUCUCUAUGCCAGAGCCUUAGUCUUCUCCCCCCAGGCCAAUGGAAUCUGAUAGCUUCCAACUGCAACGCCCGACUUCUUCUACCGAUCUACCUCACGCCGCCACCACGACUACCACCCGUUGCUUCCUCUCUGGGUUUUAUUGCUGGGGCUGGGAAUUCUUAACGGCUCUCUUGCUUUUUAGUUAUCCUUACUAGAACUUGUAUUUUUCUCCUUUAAUUUCUCUCUUCUUUUUCUGGGUUUUAAGAAAAGUAGUAGUAGUAGUAGUAAGAAGGUGGUGGUAGGUGAGGAGGAAAUCGGGAAGAAAUGGCGCAGAGGUCUGUUCCGGCGCCGUUUUUGACGAAGACGUACCAGUUGGUGGAUGAUCCGAUCACCGACGAUGUUAUCUCCUGGAGUGAUACCGGCAAUACCUUCAUCGUCUGGAAAACUGCUGACUUCGCCAAAGAUUUGCUUCCUAAUUAUUUCAAGCACAAUAACUUCUCCAGCUUCGUUCGUCAACUCAACACCUAUGGAUUCCGAAAGAUUGUGCCCGACAAAUGGGAGUUUGCUAACGAGUACUUCCGCCGGGGACAGAAAGAGCUGCUCUCCGAGAUACGACGCCGUAAGACCUUCAGCCCGUCGCCCACUCCGGCUGGUGGAAAUAACGCGGGCGCCGGCCUUAUUUCUCCCUCCAACUCUGGCGAGGACCUGGGCUCCAGCUCCACGUCAUCUCCGGACUCCAAGAACCCAGGCUCGGUGGAGACGGCCGGCACGCCUCAAUUCGCCGACUUAUCGGACGAGAACGAGAAACUGAAGCGAGACAAUCAGAUGCUGAGCUCGGAGCUGGCACACGCCAAGAAGCAAUGCGACGAGCUGAUCGCUUUCCUGACGGAGUACGUGAAGGUUGGGCCCGACCAGAUCAAUCGCAUUAUGCGGCAAGGGAACUGCGGGUCCAUUUUUGAUGGUCCAGGGGGUGUGGCCCCCGGCGGGGAUGACGGCGACGGCGAAGGCGAAGGCUUGAAACUGUUCGGGGUGUGGGUCAAGGGAGAGAAACGAAAGAGGGACGACGAUGAGAACAUGGGUUUCAGUGGGACCCAGUUGAAAGGAACGAAGAAGGUUCAAUUCCAUACCCCGGUGCUGAAGAGCAGCAGGGUGUGCGAGUAACAAGCAAAAAAAGUGGUGUACGAUGGUGGGGAAGAAAAGAAAGAAGGUUCUUGAUUGGUAGGUGAUUGGAAUAAUAAAAGCAAGGAUGUUUUUGGAAGAUGAUGGAGAGAUCAAAAGGCAAACGGCUCCUCCCUCUAUCACCCUUUCAUUUAUUACGAGGUUGUUGUUCUUCUGCUGUUACUUCAUAGAUGAUGAUCCAUCAACUCUAUACCGUGUAAACUUUGCUUCUAAAUUUUUCUAUCAUCUGCUUAAUUUUU